AUGAUGUUGCAAAGCGGUACGGAAGCUGCGUCCAGACUCCUCAACUUUGUGAACGCGUCCCCGACGCCUUUUCAUGCUGUACAGGCCGCUGCUCUCCGCCUGGAGAAGGCGGGCUUCCGCAAGGUCAAGGAGCGCGAUGAAUGGGAGAAAGAAUUAGCUGACGGUGGCAAAUACUACAUGACGCGCAAUCAGAGCAGUCUGGUAGCUUGGACAAUUCCUGAGAACUGGAAGGCGGGAGCAGGCGUCUCCAUAGUUGCAACCCACGUCGACAGUCCCAAUCUCCGAGUACGGCCUGUGUCUAAGCGUUCAAGCGUAGGCUAUCUGCAGGUCGGCGUCGAGACAUAUGGCGGAGGCCUUUGGCACACCUGGUUCGACCGCGACCUCUCUUUGGCUGGUAGGGUUAUUUUGCAGGAGAAGAACGGCGGCUUCACGUCAAAGCUGGUGAAAAUAGAGAGACCAAUCUUGAGGGUCCCAAAUUUGGCCAUUCACUUGGAAAGGAACAUCUCGGAAGGCUUCAAGUUCAACCAGGAGACCAACAUGAUUCCGAUUGCCGGGAUCAUCGAGUCUCAGCUCAACUCGUCGACAGAGCCUACCUCCUCGGUCGCAUCGAAUAUACAGGCAAAUCACCAUGCUGCUUUACUAGAGGUCUUAUCGCAAGAGCUUUCUGCCGCCCCUGAAGAUAUAUAUGAUUUUGAGCUUCAUCUACAUGAUACCCAGCCGUCGGUACUCGGCGGCCUGAAGAGUGAGUUCAUCUUCAGCCCCCGCAUGGACAACCAAUUCUCGUCUUUCUGCGCUCUAGACGCAUUAGCCAGCUUCGCUACUAGUCAAUCCUUCUCGACGGCGGAAGGCAAUGUCAACUGCAUCGCGCUGUUCAAUCACGAAGAGAUCGGCUCAGUGUCGACGACGGGCGCCGAGUCCUCUCUCAUCCUGACCCUCCUGAAUCGCCUCUCCCCUUCGCCAUCAACCUUGGCGCAGAGCAUUGCGCGGUCAUUUCUCAUCAGUUCAGACAUGACGCACGCUGUCCAUCCAAACUAUCUUGGCAAGUAUGAAGACAACCACAGACCCAUGAUCAAUGGCGGUGUCACUAUCAAAACAAACGCCAAGCAACGAUACGCUACAGAUGCGAUUGGGACAUUUUUAGUCAAGAAAUUGAUCGAAAAGAAGGGCGGGAAAGUGCAGAACUAUGAGGUUCGCAAUGACAUGGCUUGCGGUUCUACGGUGGGCCCAGGACUUUCCAAGCUGGGAAUCAGAACGGUUGACGUAGGAUGUCCCAUGCUCUCAAUGCAUUCCAUACGCGAGACUGCAGGCGCCGAUGACGUCCAGAGUGCUAUCGACUUAUUCACCGCGUUCUUCGAGAGCUUCGCAGAACUCGACCAAGACCUUCUGGUGGAUUGA